UAUGGAUCUCUUCCAGUUGGCUGGCCAGGUAGCUGUUUUCCAAAUUUAUUGACGUAGAUGAGUGAGCACCUCCAGUGCUGCGUCCAUUUGUUUGCGAACCCAGAAGUAGCCCCCACAGGUACAGCCACCUGAUUCUUGACAAAGGUUCAAAAGCAAUUCGAUGAAGAAAUGAUAGUCUUUCCAAGUAGUAGUACUGGAGCAGUUGGAUAUCCAUAAGCAAAAAAUCAACCUCAACCUCACAGGUUAUACAAAAAUUAAUUCAAAAUGGAUUGUUUUAAAUGUAAAACCCUAAAACUUUUCGAAGAUAAUCUAGGACAAAAUCUUCAGGAUCUAGAACUUGGUGAAGAAUUCUUAGACGUGACACCAAAAGCAGUGACCUUAAGAGAAAAAAAAUAGAUAAAUUGGUUUUGCUUAAAAUUAAAAACUUCUGCUUAAAAUUAAAAACCUCUGUUACGAGAAUGAAAGAACAAGCUACAGACCGGGAGAAAAUAUUAGCAAGUCAUGUAUCUAAGAAAGACCCAUCUAGAGUGUAUAAGGAACUCUCAAAACUCAACAGUAAAAAACAAAAAAACCAAUUAGAAAAUGAAGAAAAGAAAUGAGCAGAUAUUGCAUGGAAGAGGGUGUAUGGAUGGUAAAUAGCACAUGGUAAAUGUUCAUCAUCGCUAGCCAUCCGGGAAAUGGAAACAAAGACCAUGAUGAGGUACAUACUUCAUUCCUAUUAGAACAACUAAAAUAAAAAAUAGUGAAAAUACCAAAUGCUGACAAGGACAUAGAUAAACUGGAUUUCUUGUACAUUGCUGAUAGGAAUAUAAAAUGGUCCAGUCAUUCUGGAAAAUAGUUUGGCAGUUCCUUAAAAAAUUAAACAUAAUGCUUAACACAUGACCCAGCAAUUACAGUCGUGGGUGUUUAUCCCAGAGAAAUGAAAACUUAAGUCCACAUAAAAACCUCUACAUGAUUGUUCUUAGCAGCUAUAUUUAUAAUAGUCCCAAACUAGACACAGCCAAAAUGUCCCUCUAUAGAUGAAUAGUUAAAAAACUGGUCCAUCCAUACCGUGGGACACUACUCAGCAAUAGCAAGGAAUGAACUGUUGAUACAUGCAGCCAUUUGGAUGGAUGUCAGGAGCAUUAUGCCGAAUGAAAAAAGCCAGUCUCAGAAGUCACAUACCGUAUGAUCCCAUUUAUAGAACAUUCUUAAAAUGACAUAACUGUAGAUGUGAAAACAGAUUAGUGAUGCCCAGGGUUCAUGGUGGCUGUGACUAAAAGGAGUAGCAUGAGGGAGGUGUUUGUGGUGAUAGAUUCGUUCAGUAUCUUGAUGGAGGCAGUGGUUACAGGAAUCUGAAUGUGAUAAAAUGGUUUAGAAAGACACACACACUGUCAGUGUUAAUUUCCUGUUUUUCUGAUACUGUGUUAUCAUUAUGUAAGAUGCUGGCACUACGGAAACUGAUUGAAGGGUAUGCAGGAUCUUUCUGUACUCUGUUUGCAGCUUCCUGUGAACCUAUAAUUAUUUCCAAAUAUUAAAAAUAAAAAACUUCAGGCAACAACCUCAAUACAGCAUCAGUUCAAACGGAAGCAAUAGCCAAAUGGUUGCACGUUUUGACAUCUUCAGGAUAAACCCCGUUGCCGUGGAGUCGAUUCCUUCUCAUAGUGACCUACAGGACAAAGUAGAACUGCCUCGUAGGGUUUCCAAGGAGCGGCUGGUGGAGUUGAACUGCUGGCGUUUCGGCUAGCAGCCAUAGCUCUUAACCACUGCACCACCAGGGCUCCAUCUUCAGGGAUACUGACAUAGAUAUUUAGCUCUCUGCUUGCACAUUCAAGAGGAAAGAAAGAUCAGUUACUGUACUUUGUGUUUAACUCAGUUACCGUGUUACAGAAAUGGCAGACUGCCAUAAGAAAAAGCCAAGAUUGUGCAGCACCGAUGAUCUGUUCUUUACCACCAAGCCUACAAAUACUACCGACACAUGCAGUGAGCAUAAGAGAGCAAAGAAGCCAUGGCUGAAUAUCCCGCUGCUGAGACUGAGCUCUUCCUCUGUGGCGUGUCCCUCAUAUUUCUGGUGUUUCAUCUGCUCAUAGGACUUUUGUAGUGCUGAAAUCUCGGUGCAUGAGGAAGGUGUACACAUGUUUGAAUAUAAACUAUAACUGAAGAUGUGUGGCCAUCGACAGAGAGAGUGUAUGGUGGGUGCCAUCUUGCAAAGCCUCGUUUUGAGAAUAUAUUAAAGGAAUCUGUGAACCUGAACUGGAAGAAAGAGAGUGUUACCCCAAAGCUAUGCAUUGCAUUUUUGUUGGGGCGCAGAGCCUGUUUCUGAAGAGCUUGAUUCAGGAUACCUGUGCUGACCUCUGCGUCCUGGAUGUCGGUCUUCUCGGCAUCAGAGGGAGCGCCGAGGCCGUGGUCAUGGCGAGGAGUCACAUUCAGCAGUUUGUCAAGCUCUUUGAGAAUAAUGAGAACCUACCCAGCAGUCUCAAAGAAUCGGAGGUGAAAAGGGAAUUUAAACAAUUUGUCGAAGCCCGAGCAGACAAUUAUACGAUGGAUUUGUUGAUUCUGCCCACUUCCUUGAAAAAGGAACUUCUGACUCUCACACAAGGUGAGGAUAAUCUGUUUGAAACAGGAGAUGAUGGUGUUCUUGAAGUCAGAGAUUCCAAACAAACAGACUUGACGCAGAUUGCUGCCCCAGGGCAGAAUAUUUCCAGAGAUGAAAUUGUCUUGCAGGAAGAUGAAAGAAAGAAAGCUGGCACUCCUGUUUCGGAACUUACAAAACAAAUGGACACGAUCUUUUCCAGUUCACCAGCUGUCCCUUUUGUUCCAGUAAAUGGCCUACCCCCAGAUGAAGAGGCACUCUUGAAAGAGAGGAUUUGUCACAAAAGGAGAUCUUCUGAUUCUGAAGAAAGACAUACCAAGAAGCAGUUUUCUUUGGAAAAUGUUCAACAGGGGGAGCCUGUAUGUGACGGUAGGACAUCAGCCAGAAGUGUAACCGCUGACCUGUCUGGUUCUCCUGACUCUGAACAUGUAAGUCCAGACGCAAAAGACACUACUGAAGAGAUGGAAUACAACAUCCUCGUCAACUUCUUUAAAACCAUGGGCUAUUCCCAAGACGUCGUCGAAAAGGCCAUUCGGGAGUUCGGGCCAUCCGCAGAACCGUUACUGCUCUUAGAGGAAAUAGAAAAAGAGAAUAAAAGGAUCCAAGAAAACAGAGCAUUUUCAGCUGGUACUCUGUACCCAGAGACCAACAAAACCAAAAACAAAGGUGUUUGUAACAGCAUGAGCGAGCUUACAGCAGAUUCCACUCCAAAGAAGACACAAAAUCAGACGCAGCAAAAUAUGGUGGGAAAAUUUUCCCAGUUACCAUUCAAAGUGGAGUCAAAACCAUGUACCUCAAAUUGCAAAACUGAUUCUCUCAGAGCAGUGCCAACAGAACAGAAACAGGAAAUGUGGGGUUCAAGCCAGAGCUACACUUGUAACGUAGACCUUGAAACCGAUGGCCCUUCGCCCUCUGCUACCCCGUCGAGCCCCAAAGAAGCUGUCAGUUUUGUUUCAAGGGGCGCUUCAGGUCAUCACCCCAGGGUCCCAGUGUUGCAGCACCAAGCAGAACCCUUCCUUCCAAAUCACAUGAGAUCCACCUGUGGGAGUCGCUCAGGGUGUGGCAGCUCCCCCGCGGCGAAGCCCGCCUGUCCACCCGUUUCUCCACCCACGCGGCUGCCCCAGCCACCGCCGUCAGUCGCUGAUGCAAGACUGGCCGGAGCGUCUGAUCACGGCGAUAGCUCAGUGACGGGGGUUCAGCGGUUUCGAGAUACUCUAAAAGUGCCCUACAAGCUGGAAUUGAAAAACGAGCCUGGGAGGACGGAUUUGAAGCACAUUGUCAUAGACGGGAGCAACGUCGCCAUCACCCAUGGUUUGAAGAAGUUCUUUUCUUGUCGUGGGAUUGCGAUUGCAGUUGAAUAUUUUUGGAAGCUUGGCAACAGAAACAUCACUGUAUUUGUCCCUCAGUGGAGAACAAGGCGCGAUCCAAACAUCACAGAACAACACUUCUUAACCCAGCUCCAGGAGCUUGGAAUAUUAUCUCUAACUCCUGCGCGAAUGGUCUUUGGAGAAAGAAUUGCCUCUCAUGACGACAGGUUUCUUCUACACUUAGCAGACAAAACUGGUGGCAUAAUUGUAACAAAUGAUAACUUCAGAGAAUUUGUGACUGAGUCAGUCUCUUGGAGAGAAAUUAUCACAAAAAGGUUGCUUCAGUAUACUUUUGUGGGGGACAUAUUUAUGGUUCCUGAUGAUCCCCUGGGAAGAAGUGGACCUCGGUUAGAAGAAUUUCUUCGGAAGGAAGUCUUCCUUAGAGAUAUGCAGCCCCUCCUCAGAGCCCUGCCAGAUGUGGGCGUGUUUGACCCCAGCUUCCGAGUCCCUAGCAUCCAGGCAGCCAGCACCAGCCACCAGCCUCCAGCCCGGAUUCAGGGAGCCCUUCCGAGCCACUGGCGUCCUCAGCAACCCCCCUUCCCACUCCUUCCCAGCUGCCAGCAGAACCUGCCCGUGCCAGCCCAGAGGUCUUCUGCGGAAACCAACGAGCUGAGGGAGGCCCUUCUGAAGAUCUUCCCUGACUCCGAGCAAAGACUGAAAAUCGACCAGAUUCUGGUGGCUCACCCUUACAUGAAAGAUCUGAAUGCGCUCUCUGCCAUGGUGUUGGAUUGAAGACAGCGUUGCCAUGGCUUCCAGAGGCCGGAGCUCAGGGCUGACGGAUGGGACUCGAGCUGACGUCUGUACUGAUGGAAAGGAGCAUAAUGUGAAGUACCUGUUGCCCAGUGUAAACGCUGUUGAAUUGUAUAGAAAAAAACCAUGUUCUGUGUAUAAAAAAAAAUCCAGGUUUGAAAACCACCUUUUUUCUAUAUAUAAAUUAUGCUGCUAUUACAGAUUUCACAUUUUCUGUAAAAGGAAAGUCUACAUUUUCUGCCUGUUCAGAAUUGUUUAAUAGCAGUUAACUCUCAAGUGUAUUUACAUUUUUAUGUUUUUUAAACUAUUUUCCUUAAAGCUGAAAAUAUUGACAAAUGGAUAUGAUUAGCCUUUCUAAA